CUCGAGGUUCUGCUUCAGGUCAGAGCCCUGGAGGGGGGCCCGGGAAGGGACAGGGAGGUGAGCUGGACGGUGGAGGGGGCCCUCCUCGCCGGAGUCCCGCCGAGAGGAAGGCUGGGCCGGAGGGACGUCCGGGGCAAGACUGGGAGGAGCCGGCCGCACCUCGGCUCCGGGAUUUCGAGUUAUGGAGGUGCAGGAGAUCGUGGUAGGGGAAGAUGUGGUCGAGGGGAAAGGAGGGAGGCAAGCACACUGCAAACCCGGGAGACCGACAGCACAGGCCGGUGAGGGGGGUUCUACUAUUCCGCCUGCCCCUUCCCCCCUCCCCCAGUGGAAGCGCUAUGUUUCUGUUUUAUUGUUUUGAAAUGUUUAGUGGUGGUGGUUCGAAACUGUCGGUGUGGUGGUACUUAGUCUCGAUGUCUCCUAGAGUCAUGACAGCGUCAAGCCCCAGGGAUUAGGCACUCGCGAGGGGGAUGUGGGAAGGGGGCAGGUAACUUUGUGUUACAGCUGAAUACUCGCAAGGCACUUUGGAUGUUUUCUCCGUGGUACAGAAGUGGAAUACAGUUGCAGAACGCUUUGGUGCUACUUCUGGGGAUGCAGUUGUCGGUUAGCAUCACACUGGGUUAGCUCCAUAGUUGUUUCAACUUAAAAGGCUAGUUCUCAAAGUCACGUUGCUGAAAUGUUUUAUGGGGAAGUAGACAAGGGGUGCAUUUGGGGUUAGGAACGUAUUAGGUGAAUAAUAAAAUGCUAGGGUUGGAAGAGACAUUAAAGGUCAUAUAGUUCUCUGUUUGUUUUGUCUUUGAAUGUUGGCAUAGAAGGAACCUUGUUAUGGGGGAGAUGGUAGGUGGCACAGUGGAAGAUACUUGGAGAUUUAGCGGUACUCAUAUCCAAAGAUGAUAUCACUGUGUGGUACCGAAGAUGAAAGAAUGUAGAAAUUCGGGAGGUUUCACUGGGUAUUAAGCAGGGUAACUCAAUCCCAAGAAUCACCCAGAAUCUCUAAAUAGAAAUAAAAGGUUGGGGAGGAACUUAUAAAAUUCUGAUGGAGAAGCGAAAUUAGUAGGACAGACUCGGGGAGCUUGGGAGGAGCAGGGGGUUUGGUGAGUCAAGAGAAUCUGAAGGUUGAUAGUAGAGUUUAGGAGGGACAUGGCCAUCUUGACUAAGUCAAGUGAAUAUUGAUAGGCAGACCCAUCUUUUGAUAGGGCAGCUGAGGCAGCUGUCCUUGAGGUGGGUGUAGGGUGUGAGGGGCACAGGCCUUGGGGCACAGAUCCUUACUAAAAUUGGCUGUAAGAGAACUGACCCUGUUACAUUAGGUUUGCAGCAGGGGUGGGUAGGUAGGUAGGUUUCUUUCUGUCCUGGAGCUGAAAAAAAUGGGACUCAAAAAGUAAUUAAUGGGGGAAAGGGAAAGGGGUCCCUAAUGCCUGGGCUAAGGAGAACUAGCUCUUUAGAAUAUGCUAAUAAGGAAGGGAAGGCCAAUCCUUGAGAUGGGCAGAGGAAAGCUAAGGCCCUGAAAAGCUACGCUGUUGGAGUCUGAAUUGGGCAGAGUCGAGGGGAGUUCCAGAAGAAAGGACAGCUGCACCAAGGGCACUCAUGUGGAUCUGGUCAUUUUGAUCUGCCAGGAGAGGGUAGGGGAGAAAGGGAAAGAUACAUUUAUUUCUCAGUGGUGUGGACUUUCUUGGGAAGCAAAAAGAUUUCUUCUAGGUGUUUGUUUGCUUUAUUCAUAAUUUAAUUCACGAAAUAGUUGUUGUUAGUUGGCAUUGAGUCAUUUCCAACUUAAGAAGACCCCAUGUGUGUCAGAGUAGAAGUGUGGUCCAUAGGGCUUUUCAUGACCUUUCGGAAGCAGAUCUCUUCUGAGGCACCUCUGGGUAGGUUUGAACCGCCAACCUUUCAGCUAGUAGUUGAACGCUUAACUGUGUGCACCACCCAGGGACUCCUAUAAUUUGCUUCAUAGGAGGGGAAAAAUGUUUAAUACAGGUGGCAGAGAAUCUCACAACGUGGUUAGUCUAGAUCAUGGGCUGCUUUUAGGGGAACAGAAUUAUGGGAGGAGAGGACUUCAGUACUAGAAAGGAAGAGAGUGGAUAGUGAGGUAAGAAGAAAAAUGAUCAUCACUGGUCCCAUGUUUGGGCCCAGUAAGGAAAUGUCUAGGACAAUGUUCUCCAAAGUAAAGUUUGAAGAACCUUUACAUUUCUUUACGGUGUCAUGUUAAGAUCACUAAGGAGGGAGCAAGAGAUAAAGAAGAUUUUGGGUAAAAAUACGGUGGGGGAGAAACUGGCAUUUAGGAAGAAAUAUAAAUAUAUGUACCCAUAAGAAAAUAGAGAACUUAGAAAUAGUAUACAGGUUUUAAAAAAAAAAAAGUAAGAGAGAAAUAAAGAACCAAAGGAUGAAGACAGUUACUCAGAUGGCAUUUGGAGCUGCUGUUGGAGAAGGAAGAACUUGCCUUUCAUGACAACUGCCCCGGUAGGGGCAAGGAAGCAGGGAUUAGCACGGAUCCAGGACUAAGCAUUAAUUAGAAAAUCUAGAGGAAAGUAAGGAUACUGAAUGGGGGAAGGAAUCCGCUGUCCUAAAUAUAAAGCCCUUGAAAGAAGGAGAAAGUGGGAAUACACCAGUUUUUCCAGUCGGCAAGUGGGAGGGAUCCUAGAUACAAGGACGUUAGUGAUGGAAAUUCCAGAGUGAAACAGGAUAAAGAGCAGUGGCAGGAGGGCCUUGGCCAGAAUUUGCGGGUGGGGUGCGGGCAUGGGGGAGAGGCGCUAAUCAGGGGUUGGACAGGAUGACAUCUGAAGCCUAGGCUCAUUGAUUCUGGGCUGAGCUAAGACUGGAAUGGAAUAGAACAGCCACAGGGAAUAGAGAGCUGUGUUCCAGGGCCAACCAGCAUUCAGGAUUGAGACAGAAGGUCUUGGUUGAGUUUGGGUGAGGAAGUUACCACUAGAGUGGAACAGAGAGCAUUCUGGGAAAGUAGAAGUUGGUGGUGGGUGGGAUAAAAUAGAUGGGAAAGGGGAGAAGGAUGCCACUGAUAAUUGUAAGGGGAGGGAAGACCCUAGACGCUAAACAAAAACCAAACCCAUUGCCAUCAAGUAGAUUCUGACUCUUAGUGACCUUAUAGGAUAGACUAGAACUGCCUCAUAGAGUUUCCAAGGAGCGCCUGGUAGAUUUGAACUGCCGACCUUUUGGUUAGCACUUAAUGGUUACGCCACCACGGUUUCCUCUAGAUCUUAGAGUUUUCAAAAAGAAAAGAAGAUUUUCACUGCUGGAGUUCAAAUUAAAAAUGAGUCAGUACUUGCCAGAAUGUUUAAUGUCAAGAUAGCCAAAGAAGAGGGAGGUUAUAACCUACCUUUUGGCCACUGGGAUGCUAGUGUAGUAUUUUAUUUAAACUCAUGUAUGAACUGUGCUUUAUUAAUGCCAAUUUUGAGUGGUCAUCUUAAGCUAAUGUAGAACCUGUUCUCUUUCCAAAUAGUACCCUUUCCCACUAUUUAUGAUUUUAAAAACAAUGUUUUAGGAUGGAGACUUUGUUUGGUGAACUGAAGUUGAAUUCUGGUGGAGACUAAAAAUUCACUCUUACAUUUCUAUCCCCAUAAUUCAAAUAUGCUGGUUUUUUUUUCUCUUUUUAAAGCAGAAGCCACCCUUUCCCCAUAAAACAUUUAAAAAUGGGUAAUUUUUAAAAAAGUGGCUGCAGGCUGUAUGUCAAGGUCACAUUUUCCCUGGUCAUUGAAUUGUGAUGAACUUGAAGAGAUGAUUUAUUGUUUGUAAAAUGUGGUAAUUUUUAGACUUACACAACAGAGUAUAUGAGGCAGGAUAGGCCUUCAUUUGGAUUUUAAGAAGACCUGAAGCUAAGCAUACGUGAAAAGUUGAGAGCAGUAAGGGGCAGGCAAAGCUUUGUGUUUCAGGCUUCUUGACCCACCGUCUGCUAAGAAACAAAAUUUAGUUACCUCAUGGCUAAGGUAUGCCUAGAAAUCUUAGUGUUAGUGCCAUUUAAGGGUACAGUUGAGUUUUGUUACAAUGCCGGUGUCGGGGGUAAGGAAAAUAAGCAAAUUUUAGUUUUUCCAAGUUCUGCGGGGAAGUACACUACACGCGACUAUGUGAGCUGAUGCACCAUCUAUGCCUGGAUCCAGGAGACGUUUAGGUAUUUUAUUACGACAGGGCUUUAUUCAGAUUGACUUGGUUGUACCAUGGACAGGUCAGUAUCGUGCAGUAGUUCUCCAGUUUUAGUAUACAUCGGAAUCAGCCGGGGGGUUUGAAAACAUAAUGGCCUUAGGUUAGAGUCCUCGAUCUUCUACUUUGUGUUGUGUGGCAUGAAACAAGUCAUUUAGCUUUCUUGACCUCAGUUUUCUCAUCUAUAAAAUGGAGGUGAUGAUACCAGUCUCACAGCGUUGUGAGGAUUACACGAGAUAAUUUACAUACAGUGACAAGCACAUAGUUGCUAUUGUUGGGUACCAUCGCCAGACCCGACCCUACGUGAUAGAGUAGAACUGCCCCAUAGGAUUUUCUUGGCUGUAAUCUUUAUGGAAGGAGAUCGCCGAGUCUUUCUCCUGCAGAGCAGCUGGAUGGGUUUGAACUGCCAACCUUUUGGUUAGCAGCCAAGCACUUAACCGUUGUGCCACUAGGGCUCCAAGCACAUAGUAGGUGCCCAAUAAAUGCUACCUAUCCAAACGGUUUGUGGUUGGCUGCUAACCUAAAGAUUGACAGUUCGAACUCACCCAGCAAUACUGCAGAAGGAAAGGCCUGGCAGUCUGCUUCCCUUAAGAUUACAGCUGAGAAAACAUUCUGGAGCAGUUCCACUCUGUAACACAUGAGGUCGCCAUGAAUCAGAAUUGACUCUACAGCAUCUAACAACAGCAACAUUAUUGUAAUCUAAUUGUUCUUAUCCGGUUGUAUUUUAGGGCGUUACUUUUUAUGUUAUGUUAUGGUAUGCAUGGUGGCAGAGAGAAAACUCUCAGUAGCUCUGGAGCCUCCCUUAUGUCUUCAUUGCCUGUGCUCUUUCUCCAUAUUUCUGUUGUAUUAGUACACAUUUAGCGUUUACAAAGUGGUAGGAAGACAGAGCUUGGCUCAUCACUGCAUUAUUGCAUCCAUCCUUGAGGUGGAAGUGACAGCUUCUUUACCAGCUGUGCUGUAACACUGCUCAGUAUUUCAGGGCGGGAACUGAAGGUUGUAUAUCCAGUUGGAGCUUCAGGGGAAAUUUGGGGCCAUGCUUAAAAAAUAACUCCAGUCUUGUUACUCGGGUGACAUUUUUUAAACCAUUGCUUUCUGGAAAAGGGCUGAUGUGUUUAAUUAUGACUGCCUGGGCUUUCCAGCUGUCUGUUACAUCUGGAAGUUCUACAAAAGCUGGUAGAUAGAGCCUGGGCCUGGCAUGGCUCUAUGACAAGGAUUCGAUCAACGGUUGAAUAGAAGAGAAUAGUAUUAUCUCAAAUAGAUGAGGUAUCCCCAAACCAAACUUCUGAGCAGGGAGAAACGAUGGCAUGUCAAAUAGAUUUUCCUCUCUGCAGCCCAAGUGAACUUUGACGGCAGCGGCUCUCAGUUAGCUAAUGUAGGGAGAGAGAGAUGGCAGGCCAAUCUAAAACAGUAGAUCAGUUAACAAAUUAACAAUUUCUGUUUGACACUGGAAAUGCAUUAUUAUUCUCUACCUGUCCCCCUCCCUAGCAGAUUUAUCUUCUUAUUUGUAUUCUGCUUAGGCUAAUAUUAAAAUGAGUUGUUCCCGGAGCACAUAUCUACUGACAGUGGCAGGAGGCAGCCCAUAAGUGGGUCGGGUUUAGAAAUUAGCAGUGGCUUUUAAGCUACACUCAGAUAUUGGAAGUUGAUUUUAUUGUUUUGUCCCAGCCCAAUUUUAUUUUAUUCCUGAUCAUCUUUGUCAUGGAAGUAAAGAAAAGAAGAGAAAGUUUAUGGGAGAACAAGGAAAAUAAAAGGAAUCCAUGGACCUAAUGCUUUUUAUAUGCCAUUCUUGGUCUUUGUAUGACAUAGAAUGAAUUUCGGUGUUUCCCCAGUAAUUUAGCACAUACUUAUUGAGUACGUAAUGGGAGGGGGAUAUAAAGGAAGUAAAAAAUAUUCUCUCUAUCCUUGAGGAACUUACAGACUGAAAGCAGGUUGAGUCAGCAAUGAGAGUUUGAAAUUCUGUGACCUAAUACUGUUCAAUUAAGUAAAUAUAUGUGCGUAUACACAUAUAUUAAGGAGUCUUGGUGGCACAAUGGUUAAAUGCUUGACUGAUAACUGAAAAGUUGGUGGUUUGAGGCCACCCAUCUGCUCCAGGGGAGGAAGACCUGGCGAUCUGCUCCUGUAAAGAUUGUUGUUGUUGUUGUUAGGUGCCAUCUAGUCGGUUCCGACUCAUAGCGACCUCAUGCACAACAGAAAGAAACACUGCCCAGUCCUGCACCAUCCUCAUGAUCGUCGUUAUGCUUGAGCCAGCUGUUGCAGCCGCUCUGUCGAUACAUCUCGUUGAGGGUCUUCCUCUUUUUGGCUGGCACUCUGCUUUACCAAGCAUGAUGUCCUUCUCCAGGGACUGCUCCCUCCUGAUAACGUGUCCAAAGUAUGUGAGAUGAAGUCUUGCCACCCUCACUUCUAAGGAGCAUUCUGGGUGUACUUCUUCUAAGACAGAUUUGUUUGUUCUUUCGGAAGUCUAUGGUAUUGUCAGCAUUCUUCACCAACACUGUAAGGUGUCAAUUCUUCUGCCUUAUUCCUUGCCCAACUUUCGCAUGCAUAUUAGACAAUUGAAAACACCAUGGUUUGAGUCAGGCACACUUUAGUUCUUAAAGUGACAUCCUAGAAAACCCUGUGGGCAGCUAUACUGUGUCACACAGGGUCGCUAUGAGUUAGAAUUGACUCGAUGGCAUCUAACAAUAAAAUAACAACCACGUACACAUAUAUACGUGUAUAUUUACAAGUUGAGCCCAUAGCUGGAUCUGGGAUGAGACAAUAGGAAAAUAACCCGGUAAUGGCCUCUCCAAAUAUUUGCGUAUACGUAUGAAGUCUCGGAGAAUUAAUUUAAAAAAAGUUGGAUGAGGAGGAGUCCUCAUGAAAAAAUACAAAAAAAUUCCAUAUUGUGACUGUGGUAUACUGAAAUGGAGACACCAGAAGGCCAGUGUCCCAGUCCACUGCAGGUAGGACACGGAAGCAUCAUAGAAGGGAUUCGUGUCUCAUGUUACAAUGAUGCAACUUCUGAGUGUGGAAGACAUACUAAAUAUUCACAUGGUCUUGUUGAAGAUCAAGAGUAAGGAAAGCUAGCUCUAAUUUUUGAUCUAGCAGGAAUUCAGAGCGCUCCAAAAAAUGAACCUAGUUACUUAGGGUGUCAUUUUGAGAUGGCGUUGCAUUUUGAAAAAGACUGAUGCAUUUCCUGAUGAUUGUUUAGGUAUUCUAGAUACCUGUGACAUCUAGAAGUUGUACAAAAUAUUGUAGCUAGAGUCCAGGUCUGGCAUAAAGCUGUGAUGAGGUGUUUUCCUUACGUGGAGUAAAAUGAUUUCCUUAAGGCAGGAAAUGAAAGUGAGUACUAUUUGAAUAAUAGGAAAAAGGUAUCAAGCACAGCAGUGGGGAGAGGAGCUAAAACUACCUGAGGGUAUGGAAUUGUAAGUGAGACUUUUAAACAAUUGCUUUUGCCUACUCAGUUGUUUGAAUAGAUUACCUUUGAUCUUUUCAAGUGCUUUCAUGCUAUUCUCAAUUUUAGGUAACCAGUUGCCUUGAGUCCACUUCCACUCAUGGCAACCCCAUGUGUGUCAGAGUAGAGCUGUAUUCUGUAGGGUUUUCAGUGGUGAUUUUUCAGAAGUAGAUCACCAGGCCCUUCUUCUGAGGUGCCUCUGGGUGGACUUGAACUGCCAACCUCGAAGUUGGCAGCCAAGUACUUUAAUCAUUUGCACUACCCAGGGACCCCCAUUUUAGGUAGCGGAUAGUUUGUUCCCAUUUUAUAGAUGACGUAGUGAGGUGAACGUAUUGAGAUGGUCUGAGGUCGCUGAGAAUUGGGGUCUGGAAGUGCCCUCCAAGUUUUCCUACCACAAUUUGGGCUAUAUAGAUGCUAAAGUAUGUCACUUUUCAAGGGUAUGCCGCUCUUUAAUUAGAUGGUUCUGAAUGGGUUUGGACAGUUCCUAAACAUCACGUUGACCCUCCACGGAUGAAGAUUCAGCACUAGUAAGGAGAUCGAAAAGGGUAUGGCCUGCAUUUGGGUGAUAACUCUCCCAGAGAAGCUCCAGGGAGAUCGCAAGCCCUGGCCACUGCAUUGAGAUGCAUGUCCUGCCUUCCAGGGUGGCUUCUUUGGAGGUAACAGCAUUCAUUUGAAAGAGUAAGUUUUCAACAUGUUUAACAGACAGUUAACUUUCCUUUGUAUCCAGUCUCAUUAACCCUUAUAGGCAAGAUUUUUGAACGUGGUGGUACCCAAGGAGUCUAUAAAGGUGUUCAUGCCGGAAACAAGUGCAGGCAACUACUUUAGCCUUCUUGGUAAAUACAGGAAUUAAUGUAUGCGAGACUAGGAUACAACGUCCCUUGUAAGACUGAUCCGUUGGAGUAGACACCAGUGGAAAUAUCUGGAUAGAGAAAAAAAAAACAAAACAGGAGCCAAAAAGUGUCACAAUAGUUUUAGUCAGGCAGAAGGCUGGGAUGAACAGUUAAAGGGUCCUUCUUCCUCCUAUAAAUUGCCCGGCAGGUUAUUUCCAGUCGCUUGCGUGUGUGUGUGUGUGUGUAUGUGCAUGCGUGCAUGCGAACACAACUGCAUGUCUCUCUGUAUGGUAAUAGGGGAGCCUGUUCUGCGUGAAGGGGAGCAGAGUCAAGUGAUUAGGGCAGGUAUAUGGGGCUCUUGAGUUUCAGGGAAUGAUAAAAAUGUUUGGUUAAAGGUAGUGAAAGAUGAGGGGAUACAGAUAUUGGGGGAAAGCCUGAGGAGAGAAUAGGUUACCUUUAUAUGCGAAAUCAUUAAAUUAGACCACUUUAAAUGAGAACUUCCUCAUUGGGGAUGAGGGGUAGUGUAACUGAAAAAAAUUUUUUUUUUUUUUUUUUUUUUAGUGUAACUAGGUAGGGAAAAAAGGAAUGUUAGUUUCCUGUUGAAUACACGAGGAAUGAGGCAGCGAUACAGGGUAAGAUCUGUAGUAGGAGUCUUAUAUCUAAAGCCUGGUAAAAUUAUCCUUGUUGGGUAUGUGUAUACUUGCCUUUUGAAAAAAUGAUUUUGAGACAUUUUGACUUCUCUUUGAAGGUACUCCAGUGACUGGUAGAAAUCAUGACCUUUUCACUUUGGCCCUAGGAUCUCAAUUUCAGUGGUCUCUUGGAUCUCCUUGCAGGUGUCUUAGAUGCUGCUUUUCCCAAGGGGGAGUGGCCACAGAGGUCCUAUCUGGCGUGAGUGGCUGUCAUGAUCUCUACGGCACCACUCUACAGUGGCGUGCACAACUGGACCAGUUCUGACCGGAUUCGCAUGUGUGGCAUCAACGAGGAGAGAAGAGCACCUCUUUCUGAUGAGGAGUCCACGACAGGUGACUGCCAGCGCUUUGGGUCUCAGGAGUUUUGUGUCAGCAGCAGUUUUUCCAAGGUGGAGCUCACAGCGGUUGGUAGUGGCAACAACGCCCGGGGGGCAGACCCAGAUGGCAGUACAACAGAAAAACUUGGGCACAAGUCUGAAGAAAAGCCUGACGACACCCAGCCAAAAAUGGACUAUGCUGGGAAUAUGGCAGCAGCCGAGGGCCUCUUGGUGCCACUGAGCAGCCCAGGGGACGGGCUCAAGCUUCCCCUUCCUGACAGUACCGAGGCCAGCAACAGCAGGGUCGAAUGCUCCUGGACACCCAUAAGCACCCAAAUGAGCAAGCAGGUUGACUGCUCACCAGCAGGGGGGAAGGCUCUGGACUCUCGGCACGGUGUUGGGGAGAAGAAUACUUUCAUUUUGGCAACUCUGGGAACUGGAGUCCCCGUGGAGGGGAGCCUGCCUCUGGUUACCACUAACUUCAGCCCACUGCCGGCCCCCAUCUGUCCCCCUGCUCCUGGCUCGGCCUCUGUUCCUCCGUCUGUUCCGGAUCCAUUCCAGGUUCCCCUCUCCGUCCCUGCCCCAGUGCCCCAUUCUGGGCUAGUUCCUGUCCAGGUUACCACUUCGGUUCCAGCGCCUUCCCCUCCCUUAGCACCAGUCCCAGCUCUGGCUCCAGCUCCACCAUCAGUGCCCACACUUAUCUCUGAUUCGAACCCCCUUUCGGUUUCAGCCUCGGUCUUGGUGCCCGUGCCAGCUUCUGCUCCCCCCUCGGGCCCAGUUCCCCUCUCGGCUCCAGCCCCCACCCCCCUUUCAGUCCCAGUUUCAGCUCCUCCCUUGGCUCUGAUCCAGGCUCCAGUGCCCCCUUCAGCUCCGACCUUGGUCCUGGCUCCUGUCCCUACUCCAGUUCUGGCCCCCAUGCCAGCAUCCACACCUCCAGCAGCCCCCGCUCCUCCAUCUGUGCCGAUGCCCACCCCAACCCCAUCCUCCGGCCCACCCUCUACUCCCACCCUCAUCCCUGCCUUUGCCCCUACACCAGUGCCUGCACCCACCCCAGCCCCCAUCUUUACUCCAGCCCCCACACCUAUGCCGGCUGCCACACCAACUGCCAUUCCCACCUCUGCACCGAUCCCGGCCUCCUUUAGUUUGGGUCGAGUGUGUUUUCCUGCAGCUCAGGCACCAGCUAUGCAAAAAGUCCCCCUGUCCUUUCAGCCAGGGACAGUGCUGACCCCAAGCCAGCCGCUGGUUUAUAUCCCGCCUCCAAGCUGUGGGCAGCCACUCAGUGUGGCCACACUGCCAACCACUCUAGGGGUCUCCUCCACUCUUACACUCCCUGUCCUGCCAUCCUACCUGCAGGACAGGUGUCUUCCUGGCGUGCUGGCCUCCCCGGAGCUCCGGUCUUACCCAUAUGCGUUCUCUGUGGCCCGGCCUCUGACUUCAGAUUCAAAGCUGGUGUCUCUGGAGGUGAACAGGCUCCCCUGCGCGUCCCCGUCCAGCAGCACCAGUACCCAGCCUGCGCCUGAUGGGGUACCCGGGCCUUUGGCAGAUGCUUCCCUUUCCACUGCUUCUGCCAAGGUGCUUCCAACUCCACAGCCUCUGCUGCCAGCCCCCAGCGUGAGCUCAGCCCCACCACACCCCGCCAAGAUGCCAGGUGGUGCUGAGCAGCAAACAGAAGGGACUUCUGUUACCUUCUCUCCCCUGAAGUCACCUCCACAGCUGGAGCGAGAGAUGGUCUCUCCCCCUGAGUGCAGCGAGAUGCCCCUGGAUCUCUCCUCCAAGUCCAACCGCCAGAAGCUUCCAUUGCCGAACCAGCGCAAGACACCCCCCAUGCCAGUGUUGACCCCCGUGCAUACCAGCAGCAAGGCCCUCCUCUCCACAGUUCUGUCUAGGUCUCAGCGCACAACCCAGGCUGCUGGUAGCAGUGUCACCUCAUGCCUGGGCUCCACGUCCUCACCUUUUGUCAUCUUUCCUGAGAUCGUAAGGAACGGGGACCCGAGCACCUGGGUGAAGAACUCCACUGCGCUGAUCAGCACCAUUCCUGGCACCUAUGUGGGAGUGGCCAACCCAGUGCCUGCCUCCCUGCUGCUGAACAAAGAACCCAACCUGGGACUCAACCGAGACCCCCGCCAUCUCCCCAAGCAAGAGCCCAUCUCCAUCAUUGAUCAAGGAGAGCCUAAGAACACUGGUGCCCCCUGCUCCAAAAAGGGCAGCCAGGCUGGUGCUGAGGGACAGCCAAGCACAGUCAAACGUUAUACCCCAGCCCGCAUUGCCCCUGGGCUGCCGGGGUGCCAAACCAAGGAGCUCUCUUUGUGGAAACCCACAGGGCAGACAAAUAUUUAUCCACGGUGUCCAGUCAACGGGAAAGCCACCAGCACCCAGGUCGUGCCUGUUGGCUGGUCACCGUACCACCAACCAUCUCUGCUUUCCAUUGGCAUUUCCAGUACUGGGCAGGUGACCCCCAGUCAGGGGGUGCCCAUCAGGCCCACCAGCGUGGUUUCUGAGUUUUCUGGUGUGCCACCUCUCAGCUCUAGUGAAGCUGUGCAUGGACUUCCCGAGGGGCAGCCAAGGCCUGGGGCCCCCUUCGCUCCCGAGCAGGACACUGUCACAAAGAACAAAACUUGCCGGAUUGCUGCCAAGCCUUACGAAGAACAAGUCAAUCCUGUCCUCCUGACUCUCAGCCCUCAGACGGGGACCCUGGCCCUAUCUGUUCAGCCUAGCAGUGGGGAUGUAAGAGUGAAUCAGGGGCCUGAGGAAUCGGAGAGCCACCUCUGCUCUGACAGCACUCCUAAGGUGGAAGGCCCCCAGGGGGCCUGUGGACUGAAGGUGGCCGGAGACACGAAGCCCAAGAACCAAGUGCUGGCCACCUACAUGUCCCAUGAGUUGGUCCUGGCCACCCCACAGAACCUGCGCAAGAUGCCUGAGCUGCCUUUGCUACCUCACGACAGCCACCCCAAGGAACUCAUCUUGGAUGUGGUUCCGAGCAGCAAGAGGGGCUCCAGCACAGAGCUUUCGCAGCUUGGAAGCCAGGUGGAUCUGGGGCGGGUGAAAACGGAGAAGGUGGAUGGUGAUGUGGUCUUCAAUGUAGCCACCUGCUUCCGGGCCGAUGGCCUCCCUGCAGCUCCCCAGAGGGGCCAAGCCGAGGUUAGGGGCAAGGCUGGGCAGGCGCGAGUGAAACAGGAAGGUGUCAGUGUCUUUGCUUGCAAGGACAAGUGGCAGCCAGAUGACAUGACCGAAUCGCUGCCACCCAAGAACGUGAAGUGUGGCAGAGAGAAGGAAAGUGAGGAGCAGCAACUGCCACAACCCAAGCCCAUAGUCCGGAGUUCCCAUGGACCCAAGUGCCGAAAGCUGCCCAGUGACCCCCAGGAACCUACCAAGAAGAGUCCCCGGGGGGCUUCCGAUUCAGGAAAAGAGCACAAUGGAGUCAGGGUAAAGCACAAGCACCGGAAGCCAACAAAGCCGGAGUCCCAGUCUCCAGGAAAACGAACCGACGGCCAUGAGGAAGGUUCCUUGGAAAAGAAAGCAAAGAGCAGUUUCCGGGACUUCAUCCCCGUGGUCCUGAGCACCCGGACGCGCAGUCAGUCUGGAAGCAUCUGUAGCUCCUUUGCUGGUAUGGCAGACAGUGACAUGGGAAGCCAGGAAGUCUUCCCCACAGAGGAGGAAGAAGAGGUAACCCCCACCCCAGCUAAGCGUCGAAAGGUGAGAAAGACCCAACGGGACACCCAGUAUCGCAGCCACCAUGCCCAGGACAAGACCCUGCUGAGCCAGGGCCGUAGGCAUCUGUGGCGAGCCCGAGAAAUGCCCUGGAGGACAGAGGCUGCCCGGCAAAUGUGGGACACCAAUGAGGAGGAGGAGGAAGAUGAGGAGGAAGGCCUCAUGAAGAGGAAGAAACGGAGACGACAGAAGAGCCGAAAAUAUCAGACUGGGGAGUACCUGACUGAGCAAGAAGAAGAGCAACGGCGGAAAGGGAGAGCAGAUAUAAAGGCCCGUAAGCAGAAGACUUCGUCCCAGAAUUCAGAGCACCACCUCAGGAACAGGAACCUUCUCUUGCCCAACAAAACCCAGGGGAUCUCAGAUUCACCAAAUGGUUUCCUCCCGAAUAACCUGGAGGAGCCAGCCUGCCUUGAAAAUUCAGAAAAGCCAUCAGGAAAAAGAAAGUGCAAGACCAAGCAUAUGACAAACAUCUCAGAAGAGGCAAAGGGCAAAGGUCGUUGGAGCCAGCAAAAGACACGCUCUCCCAAAUCUCCCACCCCAGUAAAACCCACGGAACCAUGUACGCCCUCUAAGUCCCGAAGUGCCGGCCUAGAGGAAACCUCAGAGUCACCUACAGCUCGGCAGAUCCCCCCAGAAGCCCGUCGGCUCAUUGUGAACAAAAAUGCUGGCGAGACCCUCUUGCAGCGAGCGGCGCGUCUUGGCUAUAAGGAUGUUGUUCUCUACUGUCUCCAGAAGGACAGUGAGGACGUGAAUCACCGUGACAACGCUGGCUACACGGCUCUGCAUGAGGCCUGCUCGCGGGGCUGGACUGACAUCCUGAACAUCCUGCUGGAGCAUGGGGCCAAUGUGAACUGCAGCGCGCAGGACGGCACGAGGCCCGUUCAUGAUGCAGUGGUCAAUGACAACUUGGAGACCAUCUGGCUCUUGCUGUCCUAUGGGGCCGAUCCCACGCUGGCCACCUACUCGGGGCAGACGGCCAUGAAGCUGGCCAGCAGCGACACCAUGAAGCGCUUCCUCAGCGAUCACCUCUCAGAUCUCCAGGGCCGGGCAGAGGGUGAUCCUGGAGUCUCCUGGGACUUUUACAGCAGUUCUGUGUUGGAGGGAAAAGGUGGGUUUGCCUGUGACCUCCUGCAUAACCCUCCUGGAAGCUCGGAUCAAGAAGGAGAUGAUGUGGAAGAGGAUGAUUUCAUGUUUGAACUCUCAGACAAGCCUCUUCUCCCUUGUUACAACCUCCAAGUGUCAGUGUCCCGCGGGCCCUGCAACUGGUUCCUCUUUACAGACGUCCUGAAGAGGCUGAAGCUUUCCUCGAGGAUCUUUCAGGCCCGAUUCCCGCACUUUGAAAUUGCCACCUUGCCCAAGGCAGAGUUCUACCGGCAGGUGGCCUCCAGUCAGCUGCUGACCCCUGCUGAGAGGCCUGGAGGCCUGGCUGACAGAUCUACCCCAGGCUCUUCUGAGACUGUGGAGCUGGUGCGGUAUGAGCCAGAGCUGCUCAGGCUCCUAGGGUCUGAGGUGGAAUUCCAGUCUUGGAGCAGUUGACGGGGGAAACGGCCCCUCCCUUUUCUUCUUUCUCCUCCUGAGUCCGCCCUUCCCCCAUCUCCCAUGUCUCCCCCCACCGAGCACCAGACUGCAGAAUGAGGCAAUAAUAUGGACCAACAAGAAGCCGCCUUAUCAAAUGCCAGCAUUAGUGACUGGAUUUUUUGGGGGGGUUACAAUUAGUUCUCAUCUCCCUGUCAUCGUCAUUGGUGUCGUGGUGGUUGGUGAUGGGGGUGGAGAGUUCAACCCCACAUCUGAGGACAACAGGUCCCAGGGGUGGUGGGAGGUGGCGCUAGGGUCCUUUGGACUGGCCUCCCGGGGUAUGACCAAGACCAAACCUGGGCCCUGGAUGGCCAUGGCCUGUCCUGAGGAGAAAUGAGAAAAGCUCAAAUCUCUGAGCGCCCGCUCUGUUCCCCUGUGUUCUUCUGUCUUUCAUAGUAUUUAUUUUAUUAGUAUUUAAUUUGUAUUGUUUCAUUGGUUUCUGAUAAGUCUGUAUCACUGUGAUGGUUUGAGACAACUUGUAUUGAGGGACUUUCUUCACCACCUUCUGUUUCUUGAUAAGCUCUGGAGCCCCUCCCUGCCUCUUACAAAGUGACUCUUGGGGUUUUUCCCCACCGGGGAAGGCGGGGGGGUGGCUGGGGAGACAUCAAGUGUGACUAAUGAAGCUAGCUGGUGCUGGCCCGGGGCUGGGGGUUGGGGUCAAUCCCAAGGCUUUGGUGCUCCCCUCCACACACAGUUUUUUCUCGUUUUCCCCUCCUCCCCUUCGUGGCAGCCCUGCUAUCUUGAGAUAUGUGUUUACCAGGGCGGGGAGGAUUGUCGGGGGAGAGGUUAAUGAGUGACUCUAAUAAAGGAAGAGUAGAGAAUGGGUCUGCUGGGUAAGGUGCCCCCCCCUUCGCUGCCCCCUCAGAGUGCACAAUCUGGAUUUGUUCCCGCAUCUUUCCCCUGCAGCCCCACCCACCCCACCUGGUUCUGGCUGAGCCCUCUCUAGAUACUGAGCUUCUCAGCUCCCGGCUCUCAUCCCUUCCCAGACUAGCAGUGCCUCUCUCCUUCCUCUGCCCCCAGUCUCCUUUGGAAUCUGCAGAGGGCUUUGGGACCGACGGCCAGAUGUGAAAUCCAGGCCUGAGCUGUUUCUUAGGCAAGAGAUUCGUCUCCAGCUCCGGCUCCACUCCUGCCUGCAGGCUUGGGGCUGAGUGUGGCCGUCAGGCCUCCCUCCUGGCCUCAAGGGCCCGCAGUGCUGGGUUUGUUCAGGGAGAGAGAGAGAGAGAGAGAGGAGGAGGGAGGGAGGAGCUUGGCUGCUUCCCCAUGCCUGCCCCCUCAGUGGUGUUGUCUUUCCCACUCUUGUUCUUAUUUUUCUACCAAUUGCUAUUUUUCCGAACAAUCCUUGUAGAGAGUAUGUGCCAUCCAAAGUCAAGAGGGCCUCCCCGUGGCUGGCUCUGGUUGGAGAUGGUACAGUUUUAUUGUACAGGUGCUAAAACAACAACAACAAAAGAAGAAAAUGGGGGGGGGAAAGACAAAAAAAAAAAAAAGCCAGUUUGAGGAUGGGACAAUCUAUUCUCUGGAGGCUCCUGACCCACGCGGGAGCAUUGGUGGUUAUUUUCUUUGUAUUGUGUUUGUUCUUUGUUCCCGGGGGGGAUGCUCUAGGCCCCCUUCUGUAGGACUGCUCCCACCCCACCGUACUGCCCAGUUGGUUUUGAACAGUUGUUCUCCCUUUUUAAAAAAACAAAAACAAAACAAAAAUAUAUAUAUAUAUAUAUAAAGUUGAGGGGUUUUGCAUUUGGACUUUUUGGUUUUGUUUGGGCCGUGGUAAUUGUGUGGUUUAUUUUAUAUUUGCCUUUAUUUUUAUGCAUUUGGGUGUGUAUUCUGGCUGCUGUCGAUGUUUCGUUUUAAGCAACAGGCUGUGGAGUCAAAAACACUUGCAUACCGAAAACCUGGCUCAGGGCUUCUGUCUCCCGUCUCUCUUUUCACUACCUGCCCUUUGUGGCUUUUCACUGGUUAAAGAAGAUUGGCAUCCCGAUUAAGUCCACAGGGGAACCCCUGGUCCUGCUCGGCAGUUCGGGACCCUGAGGAGUGCAACAAAUGAAGAAUAAGGUGGAAUGGCUAGUAGAGUUCUGGGUCACUGGGUCAAGCUCUGGAAGGGAAGGAAAAGAAAAGGCAGGGCACGUCCUGAGUCCUCUUGGUGGGUAGGGGGGAGGGUGUGCAUGUGUGUCAGCGUUCCUUGUUGGCCAGAGGAGUGGCAGGAUUCUUGCCAUCUGGUGAGACUUGUGGUGGCUCCAUCGAGCAGCAAGAGGGGACAGUAAGCAAGAAAAUCACCUGCUGGUUGGUUCUCUUGCCUGCCCUGGACCACCCAAACGAGUGCCUGGCUGCGUGGUCUCCCUGCCUGGACUACUGUGCCAAUGUCCGGCGGGUCUGAGCGAAGCUGCGCCCCUGCCCUGCCGCCCCCCUCACCGUGUCAGCCUCCUGUGGUGCUGCUUUCCUAAGAUGUCCAACAAAGAUCUUACGAGUUUCUGAAAAAUGGUGCUAGAAGCUAUGGUUCCUUCUGACUGCUGGCUCCAGAAGGCACCUGUUUCUGUUCCAGGGGAAGGGAAUGUUUGACAGGACUAGGAUGAGGCCCUUUUAAGCUGUGUUCUUGGGGCCUCUCACCACAGGAAGAGAGCGUGUAGGUAAGGGGGUCUUUGUGCCUGGCUGACUAGCAUCCAGCCAUCCCUGGUAGUGAGCUGUUCUCUCUGCUCAAGCCCCAGGAGCUGGCCUCAACCCAGGUCUGGCUCUUUCUGCCCAGACAUGUAGCUAUAGGGCAUCACCCCUCUGAGCCAUAGCAUUAGUCUUUCUUGUUGGUCUUUCCCUUUGCAUUUCUGAUCCCAAGACCGUCUGGAAUAGCUGCGUUUCUCUGGUUCCCCGACAACCCCGUAAUGGUUCAGAUUCAGGUCCAUCCUCCGGUUGGAACUUUAAGUGAAGUGAAGAACAGACAUGGCAAUAGGCUAUGAGAGCCGGCUAUGAAAGCCAUGGGGUUCAAGGAUUCAGUUAGGCACAGGAUGUAGUAGCUGCUCAAAGGGAUGGACCUCAGCCUAGACUGGGCAAGGGGCCUGGGGUGGUCAGAGAAGACUUCCCGGGAAAAGUGAAGACUGGCUGAUACUUAAUAAGUGGAAAAGUAGGAAUUAGGGGAGGUAGGGAAGAAUGUUUGAACCAAAGGGACAGUCUGAGCAAAUGCAUGGAGCCAGAGAAGAGGAGGAGUAGGUAUAGGCAGCUACAACCCACUUGAAUGUUGGUGUGGCUGAAUGGUGGGGGGGGGGUGUGGCGGGGAGGCAGGAGCCCUGCAGUCCAGGCUGAAGAGCACAGCUGGGACCUUUGUCUUAGACAUUGGGAACCAUGGGAAGAUUUUCAACUGGGUAGUGACAGAGGUCAGGGGUUUUUUGUUUGCUUUUGUUUUAAUAAAUCGGUAAACAUGUGUUGGGGGUGGGACAGGCAGAGAGAGUGGAAAGGGAGGGGCCGCCAUUCAAUCCCUUGAGAGAAGAGAGGAUAGAGGGAAGGUGGGAAGGAUAUUAUAAGGAUUUCCGUUUAGGGUGGGAGGGGGAUGCUGUGGGCAAAGUCAGAACACCAUCAAAGGCAGACAAGGAUGGUCCUUUGGGGAGCUGUGGACAUCUGAACCAGCCGUAUCUGUGUGUGUGUGUGGCCCCUUUGUCAGUUUUCAGCAGCUUCUGGUUUUCCUGCUUGUGGGCUCCUACCCACAGCUUUUCCAGUGUCCUCCCACUGCCCCUCCCCCAACCAGGUUGCAGAGAGCAAGGCAGGAGGUAUGGGCUUUGAUGUUAAAUCUGCCUCGCUGGUCUGAAUUGGGGUGAGGAUGGUGGCCUUUUAUUAAAUGGUCUCCUAAGUCGUUCAGUGUGACCUAGAGUCAGCUCCACCACUUACUCCCUAGGCGCACUGUGAGUGAGAACCGAACCUUUUCUGGAGCCCUCAUUGCUCCGUCUGCUAGAUGGGGCUCAAUUUACCAACAAAAGAGAAUCAUAUGAGAAUUAUACUGAGGGCAAAACAUGGCGCCUUGUGCGCUCUUCAUGGCUGUGACAGUUGAAGUUAGUUUCGUCCUACCUACCCAGGGGGAGCCCUGGUGGUGCAGUGGUUAAGCACUUGGCUGCUACCUUUUGCUAACUUAAAGCUUGGCAGUUGGAACCCACCAGCUGGUCCCCAGCCGCUCUGUGGGAGAACGAUGUGGCAGACUGCUUCUGUAGAGAUUACAGCCUUGGAAAUCCUAUAGGGCAGUUCUGCUCUGUCCGGUAGGGUCACUAUGAGUCAGAAUUGAUUAGAUAGCAACGGGUUUCGGGUCUACCUACCUAGGGCAGUAAGCCUAUAGAAGGCAGUUGGUUAAUGACAGUCUUACCAGAAUGUUCCUCCUUGGGAUGGGGGGUAGGCAGGGAGGCCCUUAUUCCCUGAGAAAGGACCAUCCCCUAUCUCCGUAUCCCUAUUUGGAACCAGCCAUUGAAAACCCGACGGAGCACAGGUACACUGUGACACACAUGGGGUCGCCGGGAGUCACAGUCCACUGAGGGCAAGUGGUUUUAGGUGGGUUUGGAGGGGCGUGAAUUGGGCAGUAAACUCCUAUCCCCUUCCUUCCAUACUACAGCCUAUUUAUUGUGUGUCCCACCACCGCCCAGGCAAGCA